UCUCGUCUCUAUAAUAUAUGUCUAUGCGUGUUGUCAACACGCAUCAUCUGGAAAGCAUCGCUGUGUGAAGUAAACAUUGUCAAAAGACUUCCGUGGAACAAGGUCACCCCAGUCACUUUUAUAUGUUGUUGUUAAACAUUAUGGGCAAUGUUUGGGGAAAGCAAAGUUUUAAUGUUACGGAUAACUUUCAUUGUGAGCUUGACUCUUCUUUUUGGUGCUGAUGCAAGACUCCAGAAGACUCCGCAUCUGCAGGAUGAGAUUACAAAUACUGGUCUACUCUCAGAGACAAAUGAAGAAACACUUCUGGUUUCAACUCUUGAUGGUGCCCUCCAUGCCAUUACUAAGUCAUCAGGGGCUCUUAAAUGGACACUUAGAGAUGAUCCUGUGAUUGUCAACCCAACAGAUUCUACUCAGCCACCUUUCCCACAAUUCUUUCCUAAUCCUCAAGAUGGAUCUUUGUAUCGAUACACUUUGGGUCGUAGCAGAGAUCCUCUCAAAAAGUUACCUUUUACCAUUCCACAACUUGUUGCUAACUCUCCUUGUCGAUCAAGUGAUGGAAUAUUCUAUUUAGGCAAAAAGGUUGAUUCGUGGGUUGGUGUGGAUUCCAUUACUGGUGAGAAGCAACUGACACUAGACAUGAGCAGUGUUGAUAAGAAAUGCCCAAAGCCAUCCCGCAACACAGUUUACUUUGGUCGGACAUUAUACAAUAUUGUUCUUUAUGAGGCUACAACAGGCAACAAAUGGAAUAUAAGCUUUUCAGAAUAUGCUACGGGAACAACAUCAGCUGUAGAAAAUUAUGAUCUUGUACACUAUACUUCAACUGGAGAAGGUUCUGUCUUGACAAUUGAUCAGACAGGUUCUUUACAGGGUUCCUUUGCUCUGGACUCUAGAAUUGGAUCACCCUUAGUGGCAAUGUACCAGUUAAGUCCUAAUGGUGGUUUACUGUCUGUACCAACAACAACUGUAGCUUCUCAAACACUUCAUCAUUUUACUGAAGAAUUCAUGCAACUGUCACACCAUAAUAAAGAUGAUUCUGACAGUCUUCUUGUUAAAAAAUUAAGUCCAACUAUAUAUAUUGGAGAAUGCAGUUCUGGUGUUUAUGCAGUCCCAACCUUAGUUGAUGAAACUACUGUGACCAUUUCUCGCAAGGGAUCAAGGUUACUUUUAGGAGGCCCUCCUGGAUCUCAAGGCACAAUAGCUCGGACAUCCAUGACACCCAAAGACCAUGAAGAAAAAAAUCCAGAGGUUUUGUUAUUAGGAUACUAUGAGAUUCCAGAAAAUGGAAAGGUAGAUUUGGCUAAAGCAACACCAGAGGAACUAGUAGGUUUAGGCGAUCGCAUCCUUCCCCUUGGCAUUACUCAUGAAAAAAAUGAUACAAGGUCAUCAAAGCCUAACAGACGAGGAGUUCCUACAUUGGAGGAAGAAACUGUAAAUGUCAUAUGGGAUGGCUUUGAUGAAAUGAAACGUUUGAAUAUCAGUUUUGUGACAUCUGGUUCUGUUAUCCGAUGGUGGGGUGCUAUUUUACACGUACUUUGGCUUUGGUUGACGGCAGAUGUGCUGAAUAUUUUAGUUAUUGUCCUCAUUAUUGGUAUGGGGGCAAUUGGCGUUUUGCUCUACAGACAGGCAAGGGACUACGCACGCCUCACUCGAGAGAUGUCUUCUGGGCGCAUGUGGUCUCAGGGUUCAGCGAGUUCAGGGAGUUCUAGGGGAAAUGUUACUGCUACAGCUGAAGAACUAGACAAUGGGAAUAUUCGUGUAGGAAAGAUAGUAUUUGAUCCUCAGCAGCUGCUUGGAAAAGGCUGUGAUGGCACUUUUGUAUUUCAAGGUACUUUUGAUGGUCGUUGUGUUGCAGUAAAACGGGUUCUUCCUGGUUGUUUUUCCAUAGCAGACCGUGAGGUUGAUCUUCUCAGAGAAAGCGAUCAACAUGCAAAUGUCAUUAGAUAUUUUUGUACUGAGCAGUGCCGCCAGUUCCGUUACAUUGCGCUAGAACUAUGCAGUGCAACCCUUGAAGACUUCAUUCAAGGCCAUUUCAAAGCAGAUAUCGGUCCUCAUACACUCCUGUACCAAGCAUCAUCAGGUCUCCAGCAUUUGCAUAAUCUGGAUAUUGUUCACCGUGAUAUAAAGCCACAUAAUGUGCUGCUUUCAACUCCAAAUUCUAGAGGAGAAGUGAGAGCCAUGAUAUCUGACUUUGGGUUGUGCAAGCGAUUAGAAACUGGUCGAAUGUCAUUUUCAAAACGUUCAGGAAUCACUGGAACAGAAGGCUGGAUUGCUCCAGAGAUGAUGUUGAACACAUCUCGACCGACUUGCAAGGUUGACAUCUUUUCCCUUGGCUGUGUCUACUAUUAUGUUCUCACCAGAGGAAAGCAUCCGUUUGGCUCGGUCUUGGACCGACAGUCCAACAUUAUCUCCGGCAGAUACAUAUUGCAAGAGCUUGAAGAUGAUCAUCACAUUGUAUCAAAAACUCUAAUCGAAAAAAUGUUAAGUAGUAAACCUUCGGAACGUCCGCCAAUAUCUGCCAUAUUAAAGCAUCCCUUUUACUGGACACGAGAGAGGGAACUAUGUUUCUUCCAGGAUGUUAGUGAUCGUGUUGAAAAGGAAGGUUGUAACAGUUUUGUUGUUACGUGUCUUGAGCGUUGUGGUAUAGAUGUUGUUAGAGGUGACUGGAGGCUGCAUAUGCAUCCUAUAAUUGCCGAAGAUUUACGUAGAUUCAGAGACUACAAAGGAAAUUCUGUCAGAGAUCUUUUAAGAGCAUUAAGAAACAAGCGAAAUCACUACAGAGAACUAAAGGAAGAAGCCCGAAUGGUCUUUGGUCGCAUCCCAGAUGAAUUUAUUUACUACUGGACUAGUCGUUUUCCUAGACUGUUACUCCAUACUUGGUGUGCAAUGCUGUGCGUAAAGAGUGAACCAAUUUUCUCAAAAUAUUAUGAUUCUCAGUACAGUUUCUCUCAGGAGGCUUCUGACACUUGUGAAGGUGGAAACCCUUCCAUAUCUGCCUCCAUUGAUUGUGAGGAAUCUGUAGUCAUCCAGGGAGAUGCUACUAUUGAGGACUAUUUGCAAGAAAACCAUAGUUUUGCCCCAAACAACCCAUAUUGGAGUGAAAGUAGCGUAAAUGCAUUAUCAAAGGGAAAGCAGAAGGCAGGGAUUAGCCAGAGAAAUAUUUUAGAUUCUCUGUUAUGGGGUGGAUUGAAAAAAACAGAAGGAAGUGCAGAAAAGGAAUCUAAAGGCCCUGUGUGGAUAAUUGAAAAGCCUAGGAAUACUUUUGAGCCUUGUUACAGGUUGAAUGACAUAAGAUCCCGGGCAGACAUGGAUAAAUCUUGGAGGAAAACAGACAAGGAACUCGAUAAGGAAUCUCAAGAAGUGAUGCAAAAUGCAGUCAUGGAAAAUGUACCUCAUCCAACGAACACGGAAGUAAAGGAAGAGAACUUAAAUGCCAUGGAAAUAGCAACACUAGUUCCAGAGGAUAAUAGAGAGGACCCUGAGGAAGACAAAGAGGAAAAAUUAGGCUGCACAGAGUUUAAAGGCAAAGGUGGUGAUGCUGAAAUUGUUCAUGGUACUAGGACUAGUGAUGUCAGGAAACAGGAGCAUUUCCUGCAGGGCAUUGAGACAAUUAAUGAUGAGCCUCUAACUGAAAUU